AUGCAGAAACGUGCGGUAUGAUAAAAUGUCGUUAAUUAAACGUAUAAUUGUAGUAUACACAUGUAUUGUGCAUUUCAAGACUGAUUGAUUUCAUAUUAUUGAUAACUACAGUAGAUUACCAGAUUCGUGUAUCAGUAUCUAGCGAAAAAGCCAAUUGCGCGUUUGUUUUUGUUUUCGUUCUUUUUUGAUGGUGGUAGUGGUGGGGGGGUUAAACAGAAAGGGGGGAUUGUUGAUUUAGCCAAUCACUAUAAGUAAGAAACGCAAUCAACUAAAAAAAACAAAUAGUGAAUGUUUUCAUUCGCGCAUUCAAUGGUAAAAAUAUUUGUGGAAGAUGGAAUUUUUCCUUUCCCUCGGCUCCUCGUGCAUGGAAUGUAAAAUUUCAUCUCUCGCUUCAUAAACAUUCUUUAUGUACUAUUUAAAGCACGAGCAGGAGUGUUUUAUCAGAUAUAAAACGCGAGGCGCAGCCGAGCGUUUUAUGUCUGAUAAAACACGACAACGAGUGUUUUAAACAUUUUUAUUGCUUUAUCUGAAAGAGCAUGAAAAAAUAAGCCGAUUGGCCGUUUACUGCUCUAUUCUAUCUCAUCUGGUUCCGAAGUUAUACGCAAAAAUGUGUAAAAUAUAAAUUGCUGAUUCAGCACAACGUGUGACGUCAUUGGUUGGGUAAGUAUGUUUAUUGAUUAGUAAACUGAAGCAUAGCUCAGUUAUUAUUGGCUCAAAUCAAAUGAAAUUUUGCAUACACUGUCAGAUAGUACAUGAUGAGAUGUAUGGGAAAAUACUUCUAGAAGAGAUAGAAUAGAGCAUUAAACGGCCAAUCGUCUUAUUUUUUCAUGCUCUUUCAGAUGAAGCAAUAAAAUAUUUUUUUGCAAUACCCUUUAAAAUACGACUACAAAAGAAUACUAAUUAGGAUGAACCAUUAUAUAAUCAUACUAAUUAGGAUGAACAAUUAUAUAAUGCCACAUGCUUUAUCAGAUAUAAAGUCAUUCCACGUGACAUAUUAUGGCUGACAUGAUUUGCCACAAGGUUUAUGAAUUAUUAAUGAGUAUUUUAAGUGUAUAUACUGUACAAUAUAUACCAUGACUAAUUAUAAAUCUAAUCAGUACUCAUGUAUUGUUUGAGGCAGUGGGAUUUAAAGAAGGUAUAGACUUAAUAAAUUUAUUCGUCUAACAAGGGUGGGAUUCGACAGGGGACUUAUCUGAGGAGGUGGAGCAUUAAGGGUGUAUACGAUAUUAGUGUAAUGCAAUGUAGAGACUAUAAAUUGGUUUUAUUCCAAUAUAGUCAAUAAAGGUAAUUAUCAAUAUUUGUCUUUUUAACCUUCCAGCUUAAACAAGCCGCAAGUAAUGUGGAAUCUUGGCGAAACAUGUCGACAACAAAGCUUACUGAUAAUCGGUAAUAACUGCAUGCUUUAAUUAAAAUGUUUAUACUGGAUAACUUUAUCAGUCCUAAAUUGUUUUCCUUAGAGAUCCAGCAAGAAUUGAGCGUCAUUUCAGGUUGCAAUAAUUGAAGAUUUUUGGUCGUACCUAUACCCCACUAUACCUCGUACCCCACUGAUUAUUGCCCCGUAAUUGCGCUAGUUCAAUCUUAAUAAUAAAUUUGUAUAUAAAGUGCAAGUUUCUGAAAGGUAUUCAUACACACUAGGAGUUAGAAAAAGAGUACAAGUGCAUAAACAAACACUACAAUCGACUCCAACACUCCUUAGUCCCAUCAGUCCAACCAUUCUUCAUUCUAAGGCAUGUCAUACUUACAUACUGUAUAUAUACCGACAAAAUUACGGUUUUGAAUACCUUGGGAUUAGAAAGGUCAUAUAUGUUACCAGCUUAAAGUAACAGAUAUAGCAGAGUUUCGCGUAUACCUACGUGGUACUUGGCUGAAAACAAAGAAGUACCAGACCGUAAUGUCGGCGUACCUUCGGUACGUAAGUACGCGAUAUAUUGCACCCUGCAUCUAUUGACUCAACGUUACAUGAAUAAACCGACAAAUCUAAUACAUCUCGGUGAGAUGUCAAUAUUCUAUGAGAUAAUUUUGCUUACCGAUAACCUCUUAAAAUAAAGAGCGAUGCAAACAAAAAAAUAGAAGUUCCAUCAAGAUUUGAGCAAGGCAAUUGAGGGAAAAUUUUACAGGAAUGUUUGCAGUAUAUUGCACAUUCUUCAUCACAGUGCAAUGAAUUCCAAGUGGUUUUCUCAAACAUUGAGCUGCGAGAUAUACUGCAUGGUAUAUGACUAAUGCAAAUACUUUCAAUUUUAGUGUUGUAGUGCGUCCAUGGUUUCUGCUCACACAUAUCAACAUGAGUCAUAAUAACAUUUCAACAUUGGAUCAUUCCUUGAAGCUCUUACCUUCUUUAGAACAGGUAAGAUAUCAUUUUGAAAUAUCGUCUACAUACUGCAUGUAAUUUGACGGGCCGGUUUCGGACCGCGUUACGCACUUUUGAUAUUUUAAAUAUUUCGCCAAACACACGUGUGAUUUGUCAUUUUAAUGCUUCGAGAACAAGACAAUGAAAUUUCCUAUUAAUAUCAUCGUAGUCAAUUAGCCAUUCCGAAGUUGAUGAGAGGACUGGAGACGAGUGUUAAAAAGUGCCCAAAUUAAGAAAUGAACCCAAUAACUAAAAAGACCACCUCAAAAUUAGUAAGUGUACAAAGUUUGAAGACGUUUACAUGAAUACCCUUCGAAUAAUAAGCUUUCGAAAAUUGUGGUAUUUACUAUGAAAUGUAUUGUAAUUCUUGUUUUUGGGACGCGCGUCCCAAAAACAAUCUUUUAAUCAGUAAUUUCACAAUUUUCGAAAGCUUAUUAUUCGAAGGGUAUUCAUGUAAACGUCUUUUAUUUUGAGGUGGUCUUUUUAGUUAUUGGGUUCAUUUCUUAAUUUGGGCACUUUUAACACUCGUCCCCAGGCCACUCAUCAACUUCGGAAUGGCUAAAUGAGACACAUUUCUUCUGAGGCGUCACUUGAAUAUUCUUUCACAUUUCCUUCUGCAGCAGCUUCAAACUGAAUGAACGAACUGAAUAAACUUGACACCAUUUUCAUUAGCAACUGUUCAGGGCCCACACAGAACACCGCGCGGUCAAACGUAAAGUGCAUGCGCUGGGAAAAGUAAAUAGGCGCAAAGAAAAGCGUUUACUAUAAGCAAACGACGAAGUUUAAAUACUCGUCAUUUUCUUUAACCUUUUGCUAGAGCUUCGCGAAGAUAAUGCUAUUUUCUCCAGUCUUCUGAAUACAAGCAGUAAAUACGCGGACGUUUAAACACGGUGUUCCCCAGCAGUAGUUUUCGCCCUAACCCUAGCUCCAUGUUGGAUAUUUGAAGUGCUUACGUCACACAAACUUCUGGAAUACACACUUCAUUGUUUGCUUACGUGACGUAAGCACUUCUAAACUCCAUUUGGCUGCAGACUAAAUUUUCUUACAAAUUGUGAGACAAGUUGCAAAAAGCAUGUUACACGUAGCAAUUUGUUGCGCAACGUUGCGAAAAGUUGACUGAAGUUCAACUUCUAUUUCAACUUACCUCGCAAUUUUUCGUUGCGAGACAUGUUGCAAAGUGGGGAUGUCGCACGCGCAACGCCGAUGCAAGCUUAAGUUGCAGCAAAAAUUGUCUCGUGUAACACGGCUUAUACUAUUGUAUACAACGUCUCGUCAAGGAAACCUUAGCAACGAAAGUUGCGUAUAUGAUUUCCUUGGUCGUGAUUCAAAUAUACAAAGAAAUACCCCUCCUCUCCUGCAUGGUUCAAUUUGAUUGGUUAAUUUAAAGUUUCUAUGUUUUAUUUUAGUUGGAUUUAAGUCACAAUGAGUUUGUUCACUUGGAUUUGGAGCAGUUAACAUCGUCCACGUUGACAUUCCUUAACUUGAGUCAUAAUAAUAUUCAUUAUGUAUCAGCUACUUCUAGGGUAUGUGUUUUAUAUUCUUUGUUUUCUUUAUAGUAAAGACUCGAUGGCCCUGCAUGUUACUGUAUUCAUUUAUUUAUUUAUAUGUACCAGAUAAAACAUGAGCAGCCGAUCUGUAUCUGAUAUACAAACUUGAGCUGAAGGCGAGAGUUUGUAUAUCAGAUACAGAUCGGAUGCGAAUGUUUUAUCGUACUUAAAAAAUGACCCAUCUUAUGAGUUCAUUGGCGAAGUAAUUUAAAAAACAAGACGCUUGCUAAGUGUUUACUUUAGCUCGAGCUAAAGAUUUGCAAAAUAUCUGCGUAUUCAGUGUAUUCGCAUCAAGAUCCUGUCAAGAUUUAAUACAUUUUACAUUUUAUCUUACUCCUAUAAAUUGCAUUAUUUACAAGAUAACUGAGCGUGUUUCUUGUGGCGCAGUGGUUUAGGCGCCCGCUUGCGAGGCACGGCUCCCGGGUUCGAGUUCCGUAUUAAGCAACAGUUUUAUUUUCAAGUUAAAAUUUUUUUUUGAACUUUUGAGUAUGAUUUUAAGCUUAGGUCUUAGGAUUAGGAGUUAAGGUUUUGUGAGGUUGGUUUAAUUUUUUUAAGAGAAUAUUUUAAUAGGACUAAAUUCCCUGACUGCCGGGCACACUGCCCGACUGCCGCAUGUAGAUGUAGAGUAUUUCGAUUCCGAUGGAAUGUGAUGGAUAUUUUGAAUAUAAACUGAAUGGAGCAGACAAAAUAUGCGUACAGUUGUUUAGUUUUGAUCGAGUACACCGAAUAUGGGUUCAGCCGUUUAAGUUUUGAUCGAGUGCGCUUUAAUAGAAAGCGUAGGCCUACAGUCGUUUGCCCGUUUUAAUACUUUUGAUUGAGUAUGCUUAGAAAGCGUACAGCCGUUUACUUUUGAUCGACUACGCGUAGAAAGCGUACUGUACAUUGACAAAUACUUGAUCGAGUACGCAUAUUAAAACCCACUAUUAUUAUACUUUUUGUAUAAAGAGUACUGAGUACAGUCCUCAAAGAGUGAACAAAGUAAUAGCACGAGAGCAGGAAGUCGAAUGAGCCUUUAUAUAAUAACUACAGUGAAACACGCAAUUUGAUUGGUCAACAGCCGUGCAGGAUCAGACAAUCCUGCACGGGAAAUUCUGAACAGAAAUUCUUGGACAUUAUUUUACAAAUAUACUCGCAUUGUAAAGUUUCAUUGUACGAUACCUUUCGACUUUGAAGUAAGUUUCCAAUUAUUGAGACUGUCGUGAAUUGCCUCCUAUAUUCACAACAACUCACUAAAAGUAGAGAUUUCAAACGCUUUUAUGAAAACUAUAUUUAUUCUCGCCCCGUCUCAACACAAUCACACAAAUUCUUGCAAUGUACAAACCGCAUGCUUUUUGAUUGACACUUGCGCAUUAAUUAACUUCAGGUAUGCCAUAAACUGUUAAAUAUUGACAAUCUCCAACACCCUUCCCCCAUUUUUCUACUAUUUGAGAUAAAUGUCGUCCAAUACAUCUGGAGAUUGACCAAUGAUAUAACUGUACUAAAUGUCAACCUUAGUAUAUUUCUAAAUCGUUCUGACUGUUCACAGUUCAGUGUCCAAAUGUUCACUUGAAAUUAAGUCUAUUGUUCAUCCUCCGCGAUCUCCUGAACACGCAAUUUGGCCGCUAACUGCAGCAUCCCGCUUCGGUCUAAAUGUAUCCGCUUUCGGGUUGAGUAUUGCCGGUACUGGUUCUUUCUUGUCGACCGAGAGCUCAAUUUGAGACUUUCCUGUACGUACUUUGGUUCCCCUGAUUUUUCCAUCUUUUCCCACAAUCAGUGCUUCGACAAUUCCUAACGGCCAACGACCACGUUUUCUCUCGUCUGUUGCAAUAAUCACUACAUCUCCUACCCUUGGCACUGCUCGAACGAUGUCUCUCACGAAGGCUACGCAAAUAUUCCUGGGUGCACCGUCUCCAAAGCGCUUCUUUGCAUUUCAUCAAGUGUUUCGCUCGUUUCCUAAGGUCACCGUCCUCAAUAUUAUAUGGUUGCAAUUCGGGUAAAAUAUUACUAUUCAGAAACAACAUCGAACUUGGCGUUAACACUGGAAAUUGCACGUCAUCCUCCACGUAAGAUAAUGGACGGUUAUUUACCGCCACCUCGACAUCAAGCAAUACUUCCUCUAACUCGUUCCAUCGCAGGAAACCGUUUCCAAUGGUCUUGCUUAACGCUGCUUUCACGAGCCCAAUCAUCCUUUCGAAUUGCCCGUCCCACGUAAUCCAAUGCAGAACUACCGAGCUGUCCGACCAACAUUGAACUUUCGUAACCGGAAAUCCGAUCAAUGCCUCCUUUACAUUUGAAGCCAAGUUGACUGCCAUAUGCGCCGCUACCAGUUCAAGCCUCGGAAUCGUUAAUCCUCGCUUCGGUAGUCUUGAUCUCGCCGCGCGGACUAGGCCUUGGUUGGUCCCCGAAUCUUGCUCAGCUACAGCAUAGACACACGCCGCAACCCCGUUACCGCUCGUAUCUCCAAAGGAAUGCAGUUGGAUGGCUUCAAUUAGCUCUCUCAAAGAUCUCUCAGUUUCCACUUGUACUGGAAAUUCACUGUUCCACUUGUUCCACAACUUUGCGAGGGUUUCUGAAAGUGGUGCAUCCCAGGCAUUCUUGGUGUCACAUGCUGCACGGUAGAUAAGUUUACCCGUAAGCGUUAAAGGAGAUACGAAGCCCGAAGGGUCAUACAUCCUGGCGAGCUUUGCCAAGUGUUCACCAAACGGGGCGUUUGGUGAACACCGUCUUUUCAGUGGGCAUUGUAACAGCGACUGUAUCUCGUUCUUUAUUCCACGCAAGUCCGAGCAAGCUACUAUCUCCCCCUUCUGGGGUCCCUAACUGCUGUUUUGCAUAGAUAGGAUCACCGUCUUGAGACUGUGUCGUCUCUAAUUCACGCUCAUUCGAGUGCCAUUUGUGAAGCUUAAGCCUCGCAUCCUCGAAAAUAGUUGUUGCUUUCUCUUUAACUUCUUCCGUUUUCGAUACUGAUGUUGACCCCGUUAUCAAAUCGUCCACGUACAACUCUUCACGCAGUUUUGCUACUACUUCCGGUUCUCUUUCUUCCCAGUUACUCACGUGUGCAUCAAUGACUCCCCCCAACAAGAAGGGAGAUGAUACAAGCCCGAAAAGUGCCCUGGUAAAUCUCAAGGUCUCUAGUUCUGAUUGCUGAUCUUUCCGCCAGUGAAAUCGAAGCGCAUCUCGGUCGUUUUCGCGAAUACGUACUUGCAAAAAGGCCUUUUGCAAGUCACCCGUCAGAGCUACUGGAUGAAACUGUCCUCUAACUAACACAUCCCACAUUCUAUUUUGCAAUGGAGGUCCCGGAUGUAGACACUCAUUCAGCGAUGGAACACCGUCAUGUGCUUUUGCAGAAGCGUCAUAGACGACUCGGAUUUUUGUGGAUUCUGCAUCAGGUCGAAUAACUGCUUUGUGAGGGAUGUAGAAUUCUCUUCCUACGCUCCGCAGUUCAGCUUUCUCAAUUAUCCCCUCUGCCUUUUGUUCCUCCAUUAUCUCCCCGUAUUUGGUUGUCAACCCUUGCCGCUCGAGUCUGUUCGUUAAACUUGCUAAUCGUCGCAAACUAUUAGCUUCGUUGUUGGGUAAUACAGGAUGGUUGCCGCGCCACGGUAGCCCUGUUUCGUACCAACCAGCUGGGUCCCGGGUGAGUUGUUCUUUGAACUCAUCAAAUACACUGUGCUGGUCGUUGGUGGGUGUAUCUUUCAAACCCAAGACAUCCAGGCGACACAGUUCUUCGUAAUCAGCCUGGGAUGUCUGAGUCAAAAGCAUAUUGGUCGCGUCGCAGGAUUCUUUUCCAGGGGACAUGAUGGUCCAUCCAAACUGUGUCAACUCAGCUACCGGUUGCCCCGGUUGACCAACUCUGGGUGGCUGAUCAGUUUUCAACAUCGCAUAGUCACUUGCUCCGAGAAUGAUGUGCACCGGAAGUCGCUCUUUCUGAUCAAUGUCUUCCAUGAUGACUCCUUUCAAGUGUGGGUUUUGCUCUAUCAUGUUCUGAUAUCUCGGAUUGUCUAUGAACACAAGUUCUCCUUUGUUCACCUUGGUGACUUCGACUUUCAUAGAAAAUUUACCCGAUGUUCCCUUGAUUUCAAUGGUUGACAGUUCGACUUCCCUCGUAGUCACGCCGAGCAUCAUAUCAAUUUUUCGUAUUUCUUUCUUGGACGGCCGCUUUGGAAUGCGAUCCAACAGUGCUGCCGACGCGUAGGAACUGCCUGCCCCGGUGUCGAGCAGGGCUCUGCACUUAACACCUUCAACUUCGACUAUAACCACUGGGUGCGUAACGCGCGUGUUCAUAUGACCUCCAGCCACUAAGAGUUGUUCUGAUUGCUCACAGAUUGAAGUAUGGUGUUUCUUGUUACAUUUCUGACAUCCGAGUUUGCUUUUACAGUUGACAGCACGAUGUUGACUUCCUGUGCAAUUGAAGCAUAGUCUCUUUUCCGCCAGAUUUUUUUUCCUUUGUUCUCUUGUUACAACCUUUGGGCAGUUCGUGCCUUUGUGCGUGGUAUCCUCGCAGUACACACAACCUCGUUCUCGCGUGUCGCGUCCCGAAUCCUUUGCAUGGAAAAACUUCGAUCUUGAACCUUUCCCGCCUUUUAGUUGAUCUCUUUGCUCUGAUUUUUCCUCGAUCGGAUUGAUAUCUUUCCACUUUUUCAGCUCUUUUAGAAGAUCAUCAAAGCUCCAUUCUUGCUAGCCUUCAUUUCCGCGUACUAGGUCUGCUUUUAUUCCCUUUAACUUGUCCAAAGUUGCUCGCACAUUUCCUCUCACAUCAUCUAAUUUGCCAAGUGUAUCAAGACUUUGAACGUUAUAUCUCAGUUGUUUAUAGAAAUCGUGUAUUUUAGUAGGAUUUGUCCCUGAAAUUACCGGUAGAUUGGUGAUAUUUCGAGGAUUCAGCCAUUGAAUCCCUAUGGUUACUACUUAGACCUAAGCGUUUACCAAGAUCUAUAUCCGCUCUUCUACUUGCAGUCAUUUACCACACCACCUCCUCCGGCGCCAACGAGAACUUUGAACUGUACAACCAUAUCCAGCGUAAUGUCGAAUCCUUCCUUUAUCUGCAUCCUGAUGGUCUCGUCUUUGUGACUGGGGAUUUUAACCCUGUCAGUACAUUAUUUGAUGAAAAACGGUUGAAAAGAUUGUCCGGUUUAACUCAAAUUAUUAAUGUCCCAACACGUCACAACGCCAUAUUGGAUUGGUGUCUCACAAAUGCCAAGAAAGUCGUUUUUGAUGUAAGCCAGCUUCCUCCUAUUGGCUCGAGCGACCAUAAUGCCAUUUUAAUAAAACCCCAUAAAGAUCGUCUGGAGAAUUCGUGUAAUAAACGAGUAUGCAAAAGAGAUUUAAGAGAUAGCAGUAUAAGACAUUUUGGUCAGACUAUUACAUCUACCGAUUGGACGGAGAUAUUCGAAAUACCUGAUCCUAACAUGAAGUACCGGAGAUUUAAUGAGGUAGUUUCUGCAAUGAUGGAUUGUUUUUUCCCCAAUAAACCAACUAGUGUUAGGGAAUCUGAUAAACCAUGGAUGACGUCAUCGCUUAAGUCCUCCAUUAGUAAGCGACAAAAAUCACUUCAUAAGUACGGAAGAAAUUCACAAGCAUAUAGAUUUUGGCGCAAUAGAGUUCAACGGGAUGUUAAAGUGGCACGUAGAAAGUACUAUGCCAAUUCCGUGCAGAAGUUGAAAAGUGCAAACCCUUCCAGAUGGUGGAAAGAGGUUAAAUCCAUAGGGGGCCUCUCUUCUCGGGAAUCUUGGGUACAUCAACUACUUUCUGAAGUAAACCCCACCUGUGAGGACCUUGCUGAGUCAUAUAACGGAUAUCUUGUUGGACUUACUUCGCAUUUUAAACCCUUGUUAGAAUGCACCGAUGACCAGGAGACAGAAGUUCCCAACCAUCUACUCGUAAAUAUAGGGCAAGUUUAUUCAGUGUUGCGACGUCUUAAAACGACGAAGUCUCCUGGCCCAGACGGUAUCCCAAAUAGGAUCCUGAAAACCUUCGCUUUUGAAUUUGCCCCUAUCAUAACGGACAUAUACAAUACAUCAGUGCUCCAGGGAGUCUUCCCUGAUCAGCUAAAACGUUCUAUCGUCGUUCCCAUUCCAAAAGUGUCACCACCUCAGACUAUUGAGGACGAUUUAAGACCUAUAUCACUCACAGCUCAGGUAUCUAAAGUGAUGGAAGGAUUUAUGCUACAGUCCCUCAUGUCGGAAGUGGGUCUUAAAUUGGACCCAAAGCAAUUUGCUCUUCCGGGAAAGUCAACCACUCAGGCACUCGUUUAUCUCCUCCACUUGAUUCAUGCUGCUUUAGAUCAAGGCCACUGCUCUGUAAGAAUCUUUUUUGCUGAUUUCAAAAAAGGUUUUGAUCUCGUCGACCAUAAUGUCAUUAUUGAUGAACUUUUAAAAUUACAAGUGAGUCCUGCCAUUAUAAGAUGGAUAAAGUCGUUCCUUACCUCCCGCGAACAGUGUGUUAAAAUCGGACCAUCCUUUUCCUCAUGGAAACCCGUUAACGGUGGCCUACCUCAAGGAACUAAACUUGGCCCUCUUCUCUUUGCCAUUUUGGUCAAUUCCCUCCUACAGGACUGGAAUGGGCGGAUAAAGUUUGUAGACGAUGCUACUGCACUAGAAAUUGUUCCACGUUGCUCUCCUAGCUUGCUACCUAUUCUCGUAAAUGAUGUAUCUCAGUAUGCCUCAAGUAGAGGAAUGAAGCUUAACAGUAAGAAAUGUAAGGAGAUGACAAUAUCCUUCCUCCAAUACCACCUUCCACUUGAUAAUGCGAUCUAUAUAGAUGGUUCGCCGGUGCAAUCAGUAUCCUCCUUUAAACUGCUCGGUGUGCUACUGAGAGAGGAUCUAUCUUGGUGUGAUCAUGUCGACUAUGUGAUUAAAAAAGCAAAUUCCAGACUCUAUGCAUUGCGGAAGUUAAAAAAGGCUGGGUUAAGCGAUAAAGACCUUGUCACUAUAUAUUCCUCCUUCAUUCGGUCCCGAAUUGAGUACGCUUCACCUGCGUGGUCAACGCUGACCCAAGGCCAGUCUGACCUUAUCGAAUCGAUACAGAGAAGAGCAUUACGUAUCUUGCUUCCCGAAAUGUCGUAUCAAGACGCAUUGAAUUAUACUGGUCUAAAAAAGUUAAGUACGCGUAGACAUAAUUCCUGUGAACAAUUUAUUCGGAAAUUGAAGCUUGACAAUGGUCCUAUAAAUCCUCUUAAGGAUGUUGUUGCAACUCGUAUACAUCCAAAUACUCAUAAUUAUAAUCUUAGGUCCGAAUCAAGCUGGUCACUCCAAACGAACACAGAACGGUUUCAAAAUUUUAUAACUGUCAAAUAUAAUUAUUAA